AUGGCGUAUCCUUUGCUUUUGAUCAUAGUAUUUGGCUUUCUUGCAGCUAAGGUGAACUCGGACACUUACUCCAGCAAUGUUUCGUCGAGAAGGGUGACAACUUCAUCCAAGACCGGACAUGUUUCUUCGGAGACGGCGACUGCCUCUACUGAAAGCCAAGCAUUCAGGGCCACGAAUUCGUCCUCCUACGCACUUUCUAAAGCGGCAGAAUCUUCCGUUCCGGCGACGACUCCCUCUUCUCUGACUCCGAUACCUACUUCUCAGGCGACGAGUGCCCCCUUUGACUUCAUCAGUACUUCGAGUAUCAUUUCCAAAACCACUCGCAGCAGUAGUUUGAACAUCACACCUGAGAUCGAUCUGGUUGUCACACCUCCAAUCAUCUUCCGUCCUGAGGGAGACGGCACAUACACCAUCGGGCUAACGCAAUAUGGUGCUACUACCCUGGCUCCCCUUUUCCUCGAUCAGAGAUGUGCAAAUCUCCAGGGGCAGCGACACAAGAAGAGAAGCCUGGCGGACUGUAGCAGCACGGGAUGUAUUCUGACCAACGCUAAGUUAGCCAUGAAAAGCGCAUUUCAGGUGGAACGAUGGGAGUCCAGCUGGCUUUAUGUUGACAGUUCGCCGUUCGUUGUUCCACCUAGUCUCGAAGAGCCAUUCCUGGAAUUGGGAGAUUACUUCAAGCAGCAGAACUACCAACAGUAUUUUGAAUACGGUUCUGGGGGUUAUUUAAGCCAACAACAACAGAUGAACAACACCAUCUUCACCUUGCUCGCUCUAGAGCUUAGAACGCAAGAAAAUCCUGGUGCUACGCUGACUCCUGAAACUGGAAAACUGCCUGAUCUCUCCUGCGCCCCUGACCCGGUUACCACUGCAUCGACAGCAUCAUCGACUGCUUCCGAAAAAAGCUGUCCUACUUUGGAGUUCACUUUCACCUCCCCUACAUAUGAGGUUAUGACCAUGGCUAUCAAUGGCAAUGAUAAAAGGUGUUAUCCAACAGCUGGACCGGAAGCCACCAUAGCGCCAGGAUAUUGUGAUCCGGACCGUUGGCAGGGUGUCCCCAGUCGGGAUGGACGCCGGAUUCAGCAGUGGAUUACGUUAAUAAUCCUAAAAUUUGGGAACAAGAGUUCGCUGUGCUUUGGUCUAUAUUUGCGCAAAUGGAGAACCCCAGCAAGACGCAGAGCGCAGCUCCCGGCCCCACCACCUCUCAACCUCCGAACCAAGGCAUCCUUAUUGCUUACGCAGUCCAGUCUUCCGGACGACAGUCUACCUAAUUAUCAGGCCACUUCUUUCGAUCCCAGCAAAUCGACGAUUGGGGAUCCAUGCACGAACAAGCCGGUUGGCUCGUCGAAGGCUAUCACACUGAAAGUGAUCAAAAACUACAUCAACUUGCCUGCAAACAUGGAUAUUACCUAUAACAGUAAAGCUUACACUUUCAGUGCUAACAAAUGGGACCUGGCUGGGGGAUUAUUACUCAAGAACUCGAGCGGCACCGUUGUCUCGAAGUGCAAAAGGCUUUCGUCAUCGGAGCCGUCCCAACCCUGUGGGGCGACAGCGCAAAUCAUUGAGACGCCGUGGGCAACGUGUACAUGGUACGACGGCGGAGGCCCGGCUGUGGUCUCCGCUACCGCGGUCGCUCAAGCAGGGCACGGUCUCGGUUGUAAAGAAGGACUCUAUUCCGAUAAACCCACUUGUGAGAACAAUUGUGCUGGUGGUGAAUGUACCUAUGAAUAUAACCAGCUCGGUACUAGCUCGUCUGGCCAAACUGAUUACCAGUGCACGAGUUGUUUGCAAUAG